AGAUGAAGAUGUACUGUUUAUCUUACUCCUAAUUACUGCAGCUUCGCACUUUUCCCUCAGCAACUACAGAAAUAUUUCCUGUCCAAUGCUUGUCUUCCUUCCGGCACCCGACGUCUUUGAAGCUUUGUCUCCCACCCUGACAUUUCUUAAACGAAACCAAAAACCUAAACCAGAACCUUGUCAGAGAGCCGAGCGCCCCGUAUGAGAAGGUUCACUAGGGCAUGGAAAGUUUUAUUUUGGUUGCGAAGAAUAAGUGCCAGAUGACAGAGGGUGCAGAGAUUGGGUCACUUCCUGAUGCUGAACAGGGACCCUAUCUGAGAUGGCUCAACAUGGCAUAUGAGACAGACAAGACAUGCCUGUUGAUUCCUCGGGAAUCGCGAGCAUCCUGUGUGUUUCACACGGCAGAUGAGAAAGAUGACAUUCCUGGCAUUGGAGAGGAAAGUGUUUUAGAGAUGCUGAGUUACUCAAAAUUCAUGGAUCUAGAGUCGUUGCUGUGUAUGCCAUCAACAUUGCUGCCCAGGAGCUUGGACUCUACCUGCUCUGCCUCACCACUGUCUACUGAUAGUGACUCUGGAGAUGAUGAAAUCAGCGGGCCCCCUGAGAGGAAGUCUAUCUAUCCUAACCACUCCUCAGAACGGGAAAGAUGUCAUGUGCCACCUUUAACUCCAGGUCUGAAGCCAAGCACACACUACUGUAAGGACAGUGCCAGUGUAAGGAAGCGCAGACGUCUUGCUGCCAGCCCUGGAGGUCUGCAUUGGAACGCUUCAGGCUCAGUGCUGCGUGAAUAUGAGCGAGGAGACAAGGCUGGUGCAUCGCAGGUGAGACACGUCCCUAAACCUUUGGAGUCUGCAAAACCUGGCGCAGAGCUGUGGGGGGACAGAGUGGCACUCAGGAAGUGUGCGUCGGUGGAUGACAGGCUGCUGAAGCAGACGCCCACAGAACCUGGUGCGCUGCUGAGCCACCUGGAGAGAGGACAGAAGAAAUUCAGGGAUAUCCAUAGCUUCGGGGAAACCGGAAGAUACGAAACACGUAAAGAAUCCAAGAGUAAGAUUUCCCACCUGGCUCAGAGUCUCAACCAAAGGCAGAGAGAUGCCGCGCUGAUCAAGGACUUUCAUCCGCCUCUCUUCUUCAGUGUUUCUCCAGGGAGCUCACAGAGCCUUGACAGGAGCUUCUGUGUUAGAAUGACCCAGCAAAUGCAGAACCUUCAGCUUAGCCACAGUAAGAAGGGGGCUGCUCCGGCCUCACCCAAUGCAGCCAAGCGCCUUUACCGUAACUUGUCCGAAAAGUUCAAGGGCAGUCACUCGUCCUUUGAGGAUGCUUACUUCUUUGGCCGUUCGGACCGCAUCCGCAAAGGCUCGAAUAUUCAGAGCAGUGAAGCUCUAUUUGAGGCUGUGGAACAGCAGGACCUGGAUGCUGUACAGAUCCUUCUGUUCCAGUACACAGCAGAUGAGCUGGAUCUCAAUACACCCAACAGCGAAGGCCUGACCCCGCUCGACAUCUCCAUCAUGACCAACAAUGUGCCAAUAGCCAAGCUGCUGCUCAAAGCAGGGGCCAAGGAGAGCCCGCAUUUUGUGAAUCAGGAGAGCCGUGAGGAACAUCUCUCAGCGCUGGUACAGGAAGCUCAGAGGCGAGCGAGCGAGCUCUCCACACAGGUGAUGAGAGAGAGCCUCAGUCUGGAGACGUCAGAUAAGGAGAAGCAGCUCAAGGCCUGGGAGUGGAGAUGCAAGCUGUACAAACGCAUGCGCACUGGCUUUGAGCAUGCACAGGUUCCAGAGACUCCGACAGCCGUGCGUUUGACCGUAAGCAGCAGCACAUCUCUCACUGUCACAUUUCAGGAGCCAGCCAGCAUCAAUUCAGCUGUGGUUACCAGAUAUAAAGUGGAGUGGAGCUGUCUGAAGGACUUCUCUUUAUUAGCUGGAGAAGUGAUCCUUGAAAAUCUACAGUGUCUUAAAUGCACAAUAACAGGUCUUACAACGGGGAGGCAGUACUAUGUUCGGGUAUCUGCCUACAACAUGAAGGGCUGGGGGCUUCCACUGCUCUCUCAACCCCCUUGUGCUGUUCCCUCAAACUGGAAGGAGUGUGAUGGUAGAGAGUCCCGACGGAGAGGGCACAUUGAGGCCAUGGAGAGACUGCUCCAGCAGGUCCGCGCCACACACCAACAGUACAGCUGUGACGACACGUCUAAGCUGCAGAACCCCAGUCGCAAGCAAUCCAUCUCUAGAAGCCUGAAACAUCUCUUUCAUUCCUCCACUAAAUUUGUCAAAACUCUCAAAAGGGGGAUUUACAUAGCCGCAGUGUUUUAUCAUAAGGACAGUCUGCUGGUGACUAAUGAGGAUCAGAUACCCAUCGUGGAGGUAGAGGACUCCUACGGCAAUUGCCUAAUGCAGGACUUUCUGUGGUUUACCAAGCUUUCCUGUAUGUGGGAGGAUGUCCGAUGGCUCAGGCAGAGUAUGACUAUUUCCGCCUGGUCCUCGUCCACACUGCAGUCUAGGCAGAAGAUGCUGGUUGCUGCCGAUCAGCUACAGAACCUUCUGGGCACACACAACCUAGGCCGAGUCCACUAUGAGCCCAUUAAAGACCGGCACGGCAAUGUGCUUCUAGUGACAGUCCGGGAAAUGGACAGCUCCUAUUCCUUCUUCAACGGGAAGUGGAUGCUGGUAUCCAAACUGCAGAGCCAGAGAAAGUCUCUGUCCACCCCUGAAGAGCCCUACGCUCUGGACAUUCUAAUCAUCACCAUACAGGAUAUCCUGGCAUAUCAGCGGAGAAGUCAGCACCGUCUUUCUCCAGGCCUGUAUCUUGGCUACUUGAAGCUCAGCAGCUCUGUGGAUCAGAUCAAAGUGCUGGUCCCACAGAGGACACCCAGCAUGCUUUGCAAUUACAAGAUACGGGACAACUGGAAUGUCUCCAGAGACGAGUGGGAAUGGCUGAAUACUCUGUCUGGCCCUGAGGAGGUGGAAAGAGCAGAUCAGGCAGCAGACUGCAACACUCCUUUACUCUUCUACGAGCUCCAGACUGCCAUUAAGAAUCUGCUGCGCCAGAUCAAUCUACCUCUGCACCAGGCUAAGCACUUCCGUCUCUACACACAGGAGGUGCUCGAGUUGGGUCACAAUGUGUCCUUUCUUUUGCUGCUGCCUGCCUCAGACUCCGUGUGUACUGCCCCGGGCCAGACCAAUCCCUACACACCCCACUCGGGCUUCCUCAACCUCCCUCUUCAAAUGUUUGAGCUUGUUCACUUCUGUGCAUAUAAGGAGAAGUUUAUUAGCCUGUACUGCCGCCUGUCCUCUGUGCUUGACCUGGACACCUUGAUUACCCAGCAGAAUUUAAGAGAGGCCAUUACAGACACUGAAUUUCUUAUUGCUAAACAAGAAAACCAGCAUAUACUUGACUAUAUCCAGCAAAUGGAUGAAAUCUGGCGAGAUAUCCGCUGGAUCAUUGACGCCCUGCAGUAUGCGCGCUAUAAACAGCCUCUGGGAGGUUUGCCUAUCACGUGGCUGGUGGAUGCCAGCUCGGAACCCAUAACACAGAAGUAUGACUCCAUCUCCUCCAACACAGACUACCUGCCUACUCCGUCUCCCUCACCUGAGUUGAGAAGAAAGGCUAGAGAGGACUCUCAGGCGGUCUCAGAUGAAGAAGGCUGCUCUGAGGUCUUCCUCCCGACAGACAGCGACUACGACUCCAGUGAUGCUCUGAGCCCAAGAGAUCUAGACUUGGUUUAUUCUUCAGCCCAGGAUCUAUCCCAUCAGGCUGUGCACACACUGAGCGGCAGUGCCCCUGACGUCCUGCAGAUGCACGACCUGAAACCCAGCGCCUGCUCUAAGCCGAUGCUGGAAACCGAAUCCUUCACAAAAGACCUGGAGGAGCUGUCCCUGUCCUCAUACUCCAGCAGAUCAUCAGAAAAGACGUCUCGCUACAAGCGCAGACUGCUGUCUAGGGGCCAGCCCCAGAGGACCUGCUUCAGCGGACAUCGCUGGCUGAGGGUCCAGAGUGAGAACCAGACCCCUUCACUUUCAGAGGGUGUUUAUACCCGACAGAGUGAACUGGACCUGCCUCUAGAGCUCCCUGUCUCUUGUCCGCACUCCUCCUACAGCAUGGACGAGUGGAAAGGCAGUAACACUGAGAGAAAACCCACUGUGCGCAGGAUCUUCGUGGAGUCAUGCAGCGAGACAUUCCCUAGCAGAGACGGUACUCAAUGGCCAGACAAGAACGAGGAGGCACACAGAGGAGCUGCAGCAGGAGACACAGCAGCUCAGGAAGUGGACUCAGAUGACCAAACCAAUGAGCUUGUUUCUGAAAUACUCAGCAGCACUCUCUAAAACGAAGCAUCCUGCGUUAUUGUGUGUCAUGUUGAUGUGUUUUUGUCAUAUAUCGCCACCAGACAGCCUCUACGUAACAACAGUUAUAGCAUGCAGACUCUCUGUGUUGUAGUAUGUGGAAAAUUCAUUACUAGAAUGUGCAGAAAGAAAAAAUAAGUUGCUGGUCAACUCUGUAGGACCCAUAAACCGUGGCUAUGACUGUUAAUAUACUUACUAUUAAUGCAACAUGACAUAAAGUGCUGCUUUAACCUUUGAACUUGAAACUGCCUUUGCAUAGACUGAUAUAACAGGUGAAAGGUGAAAAGUAGUACUUUAAUUCCCAGUCUUUAGAAUCAGCUUUCAGAUUUGUCUAUACGUAUUUGUCAAUACGCUUAUACCUUCAGCUACAUCUGAGGUAUAAACGAAUGUUGUAUAUAAAACAGAAUUUAGUGAUGCUCAGAUGGUGCUCCAGAAAAACUAAUAGUUCACAUUACUAAAGUUUUUGCUUCAAGACCCUUAUAAGCUAUGGAAUAUGAUCAUGUGUUCGGAAUCUUAAACUAGAAAAUUAUCUUUAUAAACAGUCCUAAUUGACUUGCUCUAGAAUGUGAUUUUUGGAAGCUUUUUACUUGUCCACUUUAUUUCAGAAGCUAAAGUUAAUGAGCAGGCAGAUGUCCUUGAUUACUAACUGCCUGACUUGCAUUGUGUUUACCUCCUCUGACCAAAUUGUGGUGUGCAUUUGAUAUUCUCUGAAGGGUCAGCAGUGCGAAGUGUCUGUCCAAGUGUCUUCAGAGGGUGAUUGCCAACUUUCUGGCAUUAAAACCAAUCAAAAGCACUAAUGUUUUACGAACAGGCACGUAAAAAGUGCACUUUAGAGACCUGUUUACAUCCUUUGUGCAGCAAUGCAGGUAUAAUUCAUAUUUCUGUGCUCCUGUUGUCCCUGAUUUAAAAAGAAUUAUAAUAUCACAUUAUAUUCUGAAGUUUUUAAUUUUUAGUUCUGGACAUUUUGUACCACAUUAUGUGAAGGGUAUGAAGGGUAUAGGAGUAGACUUUAAAUAAUUACUCUGACACUUGGUAUCUUCAAAGCCAUAGAGAUUUUUUAUGUAUUGAGAAUUAUAUUCUCACAAAACAAUGCUGUCUCUGCGUUCCGUACUGCACUGAUAGUGGAGUUGUAUACAUUCAGCCACAAUACAUCUCUUUGUAAAUGUUGAAUGGCUAAUCUUUAAUAAUGGUAUGUUGAGGAAUCUGGACAGAAAAGGGUUGUCAGGUAGGGAAAAGACAGCAAGGGCAGCUUGUGAAUUUGUCUGGUGUACUGUUAUGACUUGUCAAUGUUGCAGUGUAUUACGAAUGUGUAUUUGCAUUACUGUUUCUUCAAAAAAAAAAAUUCUACUGCAACUCUGUCCUUUUAAAGAUAUUGAAAUUGCUUCAUCCUCCCGAUCUCUGUACAGUGAUGUCAGCUGAACUAAUGAUGCAAUGCACUACUUUACCACGUGUGUCUGUAUGUUCUCUCUGUUCUGUAAAGAAUGAAUCAUUUUGUGAAUAUUCACUGAAAUUAAUUUGGUUUAAACAGUUGACAUUCCAAGGUUCAGUAAUGUGUCUUUGUCCCGAUACCUUUAUACUGUGCACACAGCAAGCCAAAAGCGUUGGAAAGCAUCAUAUCUGUAUAUUUUUGAAUUAUGCAUUUAUUGAUCCAAAUAAUCUAUUUGUGUAUUGUAUUUUUGACAAUUGUUGUCUUUUAUCCCUGUUUCUAUUGUUCUCAUUAGCUUUUGCAAUGCAGCUGAAUCAGAAAUAAAUCACCAAUUUAUGCUAUGAAUUGUUAUUUGUCUGACACCACUUAAAAAAUAUCUCUUAUCUUAUCUCUUAAUAUUUCUUUGUAUUAAAGUCGUUUUCAUGACUAAGAGUUGACUUAUGAAUGCUGGCUCUAAAUGUAUUAUGGUCUAAUAAAAAAAUAUAA